UUCUGACUGAGAUGAAAAUUAUCGCAAAGGUAUAAUGGGGAGAUACAUCCGGACACAACCAGGCCAUCAUGUUAAUAAUAAAAGGCAAGAAAUGGGGAGGGAAUGUGGUGAAUAAAGGACAUCUCCUCAGGUUGAGGAUGACAAAUCACUUUCCAGUGAAGCGAGUUAACGAGGGAAAUCAGUCUCGUGCUGUGAAAUAGUUGGAGUAAAGUUCGCAUUUCAAACUCUGCCGUCUAUCCUGUUUGGUGUGUGUGUGUGUGUGUAAAAGGCACUGCACGUAUCUCCAUCAUUGAUUCCAACUGUAUAUGCCCCCUCCCCCUCCCCAUAUCAGUUUUCCUCGGGAUCUAGUGCAGAAACCCAGGAGCUGUCACACCACUGGCUUCCUGCCGGCGCUUUAAGGUGAUUCUGAUGUCAUUUGCUACAUUGAGUUUAAAAGCAGCGCAAUGGGUUCAGAAACGGAAGAGCGAUCCCGCUGGUUUUCAGGAGAAGCUCCCAGCUCCAGCCCCCGGGGUAGGAAUGGGCACCAACAUUAUCAACUGCAUCGCCGUCUACCUCGCCGUCUCCCUCGGGGCUUCACUGGUCAGGUCAACUCCUCUGGUGAGGACGGAUUCAGGAGCUCAGCUGGAGCGGGACUGGGGUCAGCAGAUCCGACUGAAGCACCUGUACAUGGAGGGGAACAGCAGGCACUUACAGAUCAACCCUGAUGGGCACAUUGACAGCUCCAACUCCCAGAACUUUUACACUCUGCUGGAGAUCAAAGCAGUGGAACCAGGACACGUGGUGAUCCGGGGAGUGAGGACGGGACGGUACCUCUGCAUGGACACUGAAGGCAGCAUUUUCGGAUCAACAACCUACCGUGAGGAUGAUUGCAAUUUCAAAGAGGAACAGUUACAGACAUUUUACAAUGUGUACCACUCCCCAAGGCACAAGAAGGUGUUAAGCCUGAGCCUAGACAAGCGUCCAUUCAUUCCGAACAGAGAGCUGCCUCCGCUCUCAAUGUUCUUGCCACGGGAAAAUGAGUUGCCAACCACGACACACAGCCGGAGGAACCCUGAACGAGAGACCAAUGACACAGACCCCUUCGGGAUGAGAGCCGGACAACUAGCGAGUCCCAAACUCUCUAGAAUUGGCCGAGGAUAAUGCUGCAGACUCAUGUUAUACCGACUUUAGAAUCCAAUGACUGUGAUCGACAACAUUGCCCCAAAAGUACUCUCACCAGGAUCAGAUUCAACCUAUCUAUUCAUAACUGUGUAGUCCAACAAAGGGAAUUAGAGCAGAUAAACCAGUUGAUGAUCCACUGAUGGGACUAGUCACAUGGUCAUGAUGUAAGGGUCACUCAGCUCAUUCACCCUAAAUGACUCGGACGUUUUGUUUUGCAAUGGUUAGAUCCAGAGACAUCUAACUUUCAUUAUACUUCUUUGGAGUCUAUUCCAUAAUCACCACUUCUAAUGUAAAGAAAAUAACCCUGACAUCAGUUCUGAGUUUGCCUUCUCCAGGUUGAACCAGUACUCCAUGACCAUAAUUUAUACUGGCUACUUUAUUUUAGUUGACAUUCUAGACAUAUCCUUCCAAUUCCUUUACCAGUGAGAUGAUUUCUUUUCACGACAAAAGCUUUCUGUACUUUUAUCUCUAACCCAGUAUUUGAAUGUGCACCUUCUCUAUUGCUUUGCCUUUUACAUAUCUCAACAAUCAGUGCAGAAUGCAGUACUGAAGCAUGGGACAAUAUAACCAAUACAUUCGCUGACUUGCAUCCUACUGGUUUUGCAUUCUGCCAGUUUUUCUGAUGGUUUCUCUGUAUUGGAUGAGCAUGGUGAACAUCCAGUGCAGUCCACGAAGACCCCUAGCCAUUUUUAGGUUUAUUUUACCACCAUUUAUGGAUUAUGGGUUUCGCCUAUUUUUGUCUGCCACAUCCCAAAGGCAUUCUCUGCAUUAAAGCUCAUUUGGCUUUCCAUUGCUUAUUCAUACACUUCAUUCCAGUGAUUACUCCAACCCUACAAAUUUUGGAAUUACCCUCACAUUUGGCUACUUUGCCUGAUUCCAGGCCAUUAAUAUAAAUUAGAAAUAGUAACUUUGAAGCCUGGAGCAAUGAGUUUAGUAUUUCACACACCCUGAUGUAACGCCCCUAACCAUUACUGGUUACUUUGUUACUCUUUAACCAGUUCCUUGCCCACUUCCAAAACUUAAAAUUCGAAUUUAACUUGUUGUCUUUUGUGUAUUGCUUUUGUCAAACACCAUUCUGGAGUUUACGUUCACCAUAUUUAGGAUCUAUUGCAGUCCACUUGAAUUGUCAUUACCUUUAAAGAGGUUAAGGAGACUGAUGAAGCCAUAGCUUUCUCUUCUAAAUCCAGACGUGAUGAAUAGCCUCUUUCUGUGUUGUAAACUCCAUGAAUGAUACUUCUCAGUGUUCAUUUCCUUGGAAAGGAAAUCACACACACAAACGUUAUAUAUAAAGAGCAGAAGUAAGUGUAAAUGCUUUCUAUUUCACUUUUAUGUAAAAGACUUGAAUCACUCCUUUGCCAUAUAUAUGAAAUUAAUCUUGUCUGUGAAAUUGUACUGCCUGCUCUGAAUUAUCUAUUUAUUUAAAUUAUUGCUCCCAAUAUUUAUAUUUAUAUGCCAAUACAUUUUAUAAAUAUGUUUUUUAGUGGCAAUUUGUACAACUUAGAUAAUAUAACAGAAGUAGAAAAUA